GGUCCAGGUAGAAAUGUUGUUGAUCUGAGCAACCGAUGAUUUUAGUUUGGAAUCAACUUUGAUCCAGUAAACUUUAAUGUAUUGUUAUUUACCUGAAUUCAUGGUGUUUUUCAUGAUGCCUGAUGAUAAUGUUUCAAAGUGUUUAUCAUAAUAGUGAAUUUUUUUUGUGUCUUGAUUGUUGAUUGAAAAAAAAAACUUUGAAAUAAUUAUGACAAUCAACUACUCUAAACAAAACAAUUUAACUUGAAAACAACAACAAUAAUUGAAAUACAAUUUAAAAUUUUGCAAAGUGACCUACAAACUGAAUCAACAAUCAGCCAAGUGAUUAAAUUGAUUGGGAAUUUACAAUUGUUACAAUUUGAUAUUAGUUUUAUUAUCUAUCAUAUAUAUUAUAAAUAUCCAGUUAAUUGUGUUUCUUAAUUAAUAAACAACAUUUCAUCAUCGAUAUCCAAUUGAUCAUCGUAAAGGAAAACCUAAAAUUUAAUUGUUUACCAAUUUUUUUUCUCAAUGUUCAAUGUGUUUUAAAUCAACAUUAUAUUACAAUUUAAUUAAUUACUGUUUGGCUUUGCCAUGGUGGUGAUGACAAUUGGGAUUAAUUGUUAUUACAAUUGUUUCAAUAAUCUAUUAUCAUUAUCAACAGAAUCUUCAUCAUCAAUAUUAUCGUUAAUCACCAAAGAUAAUCCUGGAUUAUUAUUAUUACUCAAAUUAUUGUUUCUUUUACUUUUAUUAGUUUUAUUUGAUUAUCGGUUUAAUUGUUACACUAAUUUGUGGAUUAAUCAAUUUACUGUUGAUCAGAUUAACUGAAACUCAAAUCGGAUAAUUAAUAAUAAUUUAUACUCAUUCGAGAAAUAAUUUCCUGUGAAUAUUGUGAUUCCUAAAUUAUAUUCAUCUAUUGACAAUGUCCAGUGGUAAAACUUUACUUGACCAUUCAAGUGUCUCUACCAAUGGUAAGUUAAUCAACGGAACUUCCGGUUCAGUGAACGGAUAUGGUGACCUAGAGGAUUAUAUUAUUGAACUACAAAGUCGAUCACAACAAUCACAACAACAACAACAACAACAUCAACAACAACAGAAACAAUUAAAUACUCAAUCAUCAACAUCGUCGACAAUGUUAAGUGAAAAGAUGAAUUUAAAAAGUUCAUCUUUAAUGGACAGUUCAGACUCGAACCUUGAAAAUCUUGACCCAACGGAAUUACUUUUACAAUUAGCCCAAAAGGAGAAAGAUCUAAUUCUGGCCGCCGAACUUGGUAAAGCCUUAUUAGAACGUAAUGAACAAUUAACUCGAGCCAAUGAAAGGAUAACCGAAGAGUAUUCUCAUAAACUUGAGUCUUUGGAACAAGAAAAACAUGGAUUAAGACGUAAAUUGGAUAAUCUUGAAGGUGAAUAUGAAGGAAGGGUCAGCGAAUAUCAAUCUGACCUGACGACCUUAAAGAAAGAGUUAGCUGACCAACAGAAUACAUUAAAACAAUACGAACGUGAAAAAGGUAAAAUGGUUCAAGAAUUAAUGGAACAGAAUCACAGAUUAACAACUGAAUUAAAGCAGGCUUCAGAAUCAGAGGAACAAUUAUCAAAUCAAUUACUAUCAUUACGGGAACAAUUUAAUGCUCGUCGAUCCAAUUUAAAUGAUCACGUCGCUCAAAUGGAGGGAUUAAGAGAAGAGAUUAACUUACUUAGUAAGAGAAAAAGUGAUUUAGAGAAGCGGAUUAACGCUUUACACGAGGAAAGGGAACAGAUUAGUUUAACUCUUGAAGAAUCAGCUGAAAGGAUUUUGAUGCUGGAGAAAACUAAUCAAGAUCAAACGAUAACAAUUAGCAAUUUACAGAAAGAAUUGGAAGAGGCGAGAAUUAUGAACGAUCAAUUAGCCCAUUCUGGUCAUUUAAUAUCAACCACCUCACCUGGAACAACUGGUCAUCCGAUUAAUGGUCAUUCUAAUGGUCAACCAACAUCACUUUACAAUGAGAUUGAAAUGUCUUCAUCUUCAUCAAUUGAAGAUGAUCUUAAAUCUAAUCUUAAUUGUGAUGAAGAUAUUUGUGAUUAUUCAAAGGAUCUUGACGAAAAUUGGAAGAUUGGUCAAGAAUUGUCUGAAUUAUAUCAUGAAUUACGUCGUAUGUGUCAAGAUCUUCAACGUCGCCGUGAAAAUAGUGGUCACUUUAAUUCAACCGGCGAUUCGGGAAUCCCUGCAACACCCGAAGAUAUUAAUUGUAACCACGUUAGACCGGGAAUGAUUUCCGCAGCAUUUAAAGAGUACAAACAAUUACUUGAAGAAAUGGAUGAUUUGCCUUGUGUAUCUUGUCAAUCAAUUGCCAGUGAAAGAUUACAACUUGAAAAGAUGACCAAAGAAGCGGUUGAAAAGGAUGAUGAGAUUAAGAGGAAAAAUGAUGAUCUGAUGAAACUGGCCACUUCAAUGACCAUUCUUGAAACUGAAUUAAAAGCCGUUAAAGAGGAAAGAGAUUAUCUUAAGGAAUCGGUUGAUAGUGAUGGAAUCGUUGGUAAAGAUGAGCUUGUUAAAAGAGCUUGGGAGCUGAGGGAUCAAGCGGUUGCCAGGAAAAACGCUGUCGAAAUUGAAUUGGCCAAAACCCGAAUUGAGUGUAUGCACAUCAACAGUCAGUUGAUGGAGGCAAUUCAACAGAAAAUCACUUUAUCACAACAAUUAGAACAGUGGCAGGUCGAUAUGCAAAGUUUACUUGAUGAACAAUUGAAAAAUAAACUUUCCAGCCAAGAGAAGGAGGAGAAACGCCGACAAGCCGAAUCACGAAAUUUAAGUCCAAUUUCGGCCUCAACUCCAAGUCUUGUCAAUAAAACUAAGCUACUUCGACUAUUUAGAACGGCAAAUUAACCAAAAACAUCAACAAUUAGUAAAACAAUUUAAAUUGACAAUCAAUACAAUCGGUGGAGUCCCAAGUGUGUAAAAGGUUUUAUUUAAAUUCAAUUCAGUGUAAACACUUUGUGAUUGUUGUUCUUGAUGACUGAACUUUAAUUGUUGAUUUUUUGACUAAAAUCUAAUCAACAAUUAACUCAAAAGCCAUACACCAUCAUGAUGAUUAUCAUUAACAACAAUUUCACCUUAAUUGUUAUUGAUUAAUUGUUCGGAUCAGCCCAACAAUUACCUGCCGUCCAAAUAUUGGUUACAAAGCUUUAAACUGUGAUAAUAAUUAAAGUAACCAUUUGAUUUUUGUCAAAGUUAAUCAAUUCAAUUGAUCAAUACUUUGAAUGGUCAUCUUUUUAAUUGUAAUAAUUAAGGCUCAGAACUGAUUCUCUGACAAAAUAUCAUGGUAAUAAUAUCAACCAAUUGUUACAAUUAACUCUUGGCUCUCUCUCUCUGUUAACAAUCAUAGAUGAGACUAAUUAAUUCAUGAUCGAUGUUAAUUGUUAAUGAAAAAAACUUUUUUGUGCCUUCACAUUUUUGUAUCAUCGUUAGUGAUUAGUUAAUUAUCAUUAAUUGUACAAUUAUAAUUUGUUUCCCAUUCCCUAAAUGAAUAUAAUAUUUUAUCAGUCAAUUUAAUCAUAUUGAUGAUUAACUAAUUGUCAUCUUGUCCCCCCCUUGUGUAUUUUAAAUCAUCAACAAUUUAUUAAUCAUCUUCAUCAGAAUCUUAGCCUUGAUCCUGUUCCUAAAAUGAAUCAUUUUAAUUAAUUUACUUUAUUAAAUCAUCAUUAAUCAUCAUUUGAAAAUAAUUAAUUGUAAUUCAAAUAUUUUUGAAUAAAGUAACAAGAAAAAAAGUUCACAA